AUGAAGUUGGAAAAAGAUUUUGGCACGAAGACUUUGGAGGAGGAAGUUGGCUGGAAUCCUGAAAGGGGAGGGAAGAUGGCAGAGAGUCAGCUGGCAAAGCAAUAUGGGAACAUUUAUUCUCUGUGGGGAGGAAAUUAUUCUAUUAUAGUCUUCUCUGGAUACCAAACUGUGAAAGAAGCAUUAACUAAACAUGCAGAAGCCUUUGUUGAUCGUCCGGUUACACCAUUCAUAUUGACUAUGCUCAAAAAAAGGGGUAUUGUAUUUUCAAAUGGUCACACUUGGUUGCAGCAAAGGCGGUUGAGUGUUCUUACUAUGAGGAAGUUAGGCCUGGGGAAAACAGGCCUGGAAUCUCAAAUACAAACCGAGGUUGAGAGAUUUUUGGAGGAUCUUAGAAGUAAAAAAGGACAGCCAUUUGACCCAUCAAAGUACCUUAUACACUUUGUUGGCAAUGUGAUCUCUGCUUUAGUUUUUGGACAUGGUUUUUCCACUGAAGAUAACGAGUUUCUGGAAUUGCUUGAAUCCAUGGACGUUAUUUCAAAUUUUUUAAUGACUUCCUCCCAUAUCAUUUAUGAAAUAUUUCCAUUUAUCAUGAAAUAUCUCCCAGGGCCUCAGCAGAAAGUCUUGUCUGCUGUGGAGCGUAUACUUGCUAUUAUAAAGAAGAAGAUCACAUACCACAAGGAAUACCAGAAUCUGCAUGAACCACAGGAUUUCAUUGAUUAUUAUUUGCUUCAAAUGGAGAAAAGCAAGGAUGAUCCAAAUUCUACUUAUGACGAAGACAACUUGGUACAUUGUGCUGGUGACCUCUUUAUUACUGGGACAGACACAACUAGUAGUACUCUGCAAUGGGCAUUGCUACUUAUGGCAACUCAUCUGGAUAUCCAAGACAAGGUUUACAAGGAGAUAGAAAACGUUUUGGAGCCAUCUCACUCCAUCUGUUAUGGAGAUCGGAAGAAUCUGCCUUACACCAAUGCUGUGAUUCAUGAGAUUCUACGAAGGAAAUUCAUCACAUACUUUGGAGCACCAAGAAAAUGUGUGAAGGAUUUUUAUUUCAAUGGGUUUCUCAUUCCCAAGGGAGCUAUGAUUUUACCAGACCUGCGCUCUGUUCUUUUUGAUCCUGAACAAUGGGAGACACCUGAAAAAUUCAACCCCAACCAUUUUCUGGACAAAGAUGGACAUUUUGUCACAAAAGAAGCAUUUAUGCCCUUUGGAGCAGGUGUUCGGAGCUGCUUGGGAGAACUCUUUGCAAGGAUUCAGAUUUUCAUUAUAUUCACCAGCCUACUGAGGGCAUUUAGAUUGCAACCCCCAGAAGGAGUGGAGAAACUCAGUGAAAAACCAGUAAAUAGAGUAAUUAAUCAUCCCUCUCCUUUUAAGAUCUGCGCUGUUCCUCGCUCUGGAACACCAUAG